AGAUCAGUACGACCCAUCAGCCAUGAGAGUGGUUGUGCUUGCCCUGACUCUGGCCCUUGCGGCCUGUCAGCAUAACUUCGCCCCUGACUUUGCUGCCGGUAAGACUUAUGUGUACAAAUAUGAGACACUGCUCCUUGGCGGUCUACCGGAGGAAGGAUUGGCGAGAGCUGGACUUAAAGUGAGCAGCAAAGUCUUGAUCAGCGCCGCUGACCAGAACAUGUUCAUGCUGAAGCUUGCUGAACCCGAGUUCUUCGAGUACAGCGGUGUUUGGCCCAAGGAUGCUUUCACGCCGGCCACCAAGCUGACUUCAGUCCUGGCGCCUCAGCUUAUGAUCCCCAUCAAGUUUGAGUACUCCAACGGUGUUGUCGGCAAGAUGUUUGCACCCGAAGGAGUCCCAGUUAUGGUGCUGAACAUCUACAGAGGUAUCCUGAACGUCCUGCAGCUCAACGUGAAAAAGACAACAAAUGUCUACGAGAUGCAGGAGGCCGGAGCUCAGGGUGUGUGCAAGACUUUCUAUGCCAUCAAUGAAGAUGAAAAGGCUGAACGCAUCCUCCUGACAAAGACCAGGGAUCUGAGUCAUUGCCAGGAAAGGAUCCAGCGAGACAUCGGGUUGGCCUACACUGAGACGUGUCACAAGUGUCAGCGGGAUUCCAAGAACUUCAAAGGAGGAGCUGCAUACAACUACGUUCUGAAGACCGUUCCCAAAGGUGUCAUGAUCAUGGAAGCGUCCGUCAAUGAGCUGAUUGAGUUCACACCUUUCAAAGAGAUGAAUGGAGCUGCUCAGAUGGAGACCAAGCAACGUUUGGUUUUCGUCGAGGUCCAGAAUAGUCCCAUCGUCCCCGUGAAAGCUGAGUAUCGUCAACGUGGAUCCCUCCAGUACGAGUUCUCCAGAGAGAUGCUGCAAACACCCCUUCAGCUUGUGAAAAUCACCAACCUUCAAGCUCAGAUCGCCGAGGUUCUGAACCAUAUCGUCACCAACAAUGUCGAGAGGGUCCAUGACGAUGCCCCUCUCAAAUUUUUGGAGCUCAUUCAACUCCUUCGUAUGGCCAAACUUGAAGAUAUCCAAAUGCUCUGGAGCCAGCACAAGACAAAACCUGCAUACAGGCAAUGGAUCUUGGACGCGCUUCCUUCCGUUGGAACUCCUGUUGCUCUGAGAUUCAUCAUUCAGAAAUUUGAGUCUGAUGAACUCAGACUUUACGAGGUUGCUCAAGCUUUGAUUGCCUCUGUUCAUAUGGUGACCGCCAACAAGGAAGUUAUUGAGCUGUACGAGAGCUUGAGAGACAACGUCAAAAUCAGGAAGAACCCAGCUCUGACUGAGAUUGUAUGGCUCGGCUAUGGUACCAUGAUUUCAAAAUAUUGUUCCAACAGAACUGUCUGCCCUCUUGAGCUGGUCAAGCCCAUCCACGACCGUCUUACGGAAGCUAUCUCCAAGAGCGACACAUGGCAAAUCAUUUCCAUUUUGAAGGUGUUGAGUAACGCUGGCCAUCCAAUGAGCCUGAAGCCAAUCACCAAGGUCCUUCCCAUUCAUGGCACCCCAGCUAAAAGCCUACCCAUCAGAGUUCACGCUGAAGCCAUCAUGGCAUUGAGGAACAUCGCCAAGAAGGAACCACGCAUGGUCCAGGAACUGGCUCUUCAGCUCUUCAUGGACAAGUCUCUUCACCCUGAGCUCCGCAUGCUUUCAUGCAUCGUUAUCUUCGAGACUCGGCCUCCGGUGGGCUUGGUGACAAGUCUUGCUAACCUUGUGAAGAUGGAGGAAAACUUGCAAGUGGCCAGCUUCACCUACUCUCACAUGAAGUCGCUGACCAGAAGCACCGCCCCCGACCAUGCUGCCAUCGCCUCUGCUUGCAACGUCGGAGUCAAGAUUUUGGGCAGGAAACUGGACAGACUGAGCUUCCGCUUCAGCAGAGCCAUUCAGAUGGAAUUUUACAGCAACCCCUUGAUGCUUGGAGCUGUUGCCAGUACUUUCUACAUCAAUGACGCUGCCACCGUUCUGCCGAGAACCAUUGUGGCUAAGACCAGUGCCUACAUUGCUGGAGCUGCUGCUGAUGUUCUUGAAGUUGGAGUAAGAACUGAGGGACUCCAGGAGGCUCUUCUGAAAAACCAUGCCUUGGCUGAUGAUGUGAACAGGAUCACUAAAAUGAAGCGUGUCAUCAAAGCUCUGGCUGACUGGAGGGCCUUGCCCAACAGCAAGCCACUGGCCUCCGUCUAUGUCAGGUUCUUCGGACAAGAAAUUGCUUUCGCCGACAUCAACCAGGAAUUGGUUAAACAGGCUGUCGCGCUGGCCAAUGGACCGGCUGUUCAGGAGCUUGGUCGGGAUGCCAUCAAAUCUCUGCUGUCAGGAGUUUCUUUCCACGCUGCUAAGCCCGUGCUGGCAACCGAAGUGAGGCGCAUCAUGCCAACAACUGCUGGAUUCCCAAUGGAGCUCAGCCUGUACACUGCUGCUGUGGCUGUUGCAUCUUUCAAACUGAGGGCAACCGCAACUCCAGCUCUGCCGGAACCCAUCCAGUUCCGCCAGCUCCUGAAGACCAAGAUUGAGUUGAUGGCCGAAGUCAAACCAAGCGUUGUUGCAAACGUGUUUGCCGUGAUCGGAGUGAACACCGAAAUUCUCCAGGCUACUGUCUACUCAAGAGCCAAGAUCGCCGCCAUUGUACCAGCCUCCAUUUCAACCAGACUUGACAUCAACGAGGGUCAAUUUAAAUUUGCGGCUCUCCCUGUUCCUGCACCUGAAGAGAUUGUGGCUGUCGAGGUUGAGAGCAUUGCUGUGGUGAGAAACGUUGAAGAUAUUCCUAAUGCCAGAAGGACUCCCCUUAUUCCUACCGACUACGUGAAACCAGACUCUAGGGAGAUCCUUGCCUCAAAGACCUGGCCUGCUAGCGUGCGUGCAUCUUCAGAGUCCAUUGAAGAUGACAUGGAAGAUUCCAGACCCUUCAGAAGCCGUGCAUUUUCUAAAAAGUACUGCUUCCAAGCUUACGGAACCGGACUGAAGGGCUGUGUCAAGGUUGCCACGGCCAAUGCUGCCUUUAUCAGGGACAUUUUGUUGUACCGAUUGGCUGGAAAACAUUCUGCCUCACUGUCAGUCAAGCGCAAUGAAGAGGAAUCCAUUGAAAGACUGGAGAUGUUGGUUCAAGUUGGACCAAAGGCCGCAGAGAAGAUCAUCAAGAAGAUCAGUCUGAUUGAAGAUGACGACAUCACUACGGCAAAACCAGUCUUGAUGAGGCUCCAAAAAAUUCUGAAUGGCACAUCUUCCUCCUCUUCUUCAAGCAAGUCCUCCUCAUCUUCAAAGAGCAGCAGCAGCAGCAGAAGCAGCAGAAGCAGCAGCAGCAGCAAAAGCAGCAGCGGCGCAAAAGCAGCAGCAGCAGCAGCAAGCAGCAGCAGCAGCAGCAAGCAGCAGCAGCAGCAGCAGCAGCAGCAGCAGCAGCAAAGCAGCAGCAAAAGCAGCAGCAGCAGCAGCAGCAGCAGACACGGCAGGAAACACAACGUCCGCAGCAGCAGAAGGAACAGCAGACACAGCGGGUCUACUAGAAGCAGCUCUGCAUCUAGUCUGGAAUCCCUCUUCAGCGCAAGCUCUAGUUCCUCCCGUUCCAGUCGUCACAUCUCGGCGCGAAUUAACCUCAAGCGCACCUUCGAGAGGGACCACAAGAAGUCCCAAGCUAAUGGAUUUUCUCAGAAGAGCAGAAGCAGCGCCUCCAGCUUUGAGGCCAUCUACAACAAGAACAAAUUCCUCAGCACUGCCACUGCUCCUGCCUUUGUUGUCAUCCUGCAAGCUGUGAGGACCGACGGCAAGCUCCAGGGAUACCAAAUCACUGGCUACGCAGACAAGACUAAUGCUCGACUUCAGAUUAUCCUGGCUACCCUGGCUGCUGAGAGCAACUGGAGGGUCUGCGCUGAUGGUGUUGUGCUCAGCAAGCACAAAGUCACAGCUAAACUGGCUUGGGGUGAGGCAUGCAAACAAUAUGACGUGACAGUCACCGCUGAAACCGGUCUUCUUGGUCCAAGCCCAGCAGCUCGCCUCAGAAUGACAUGGAACGAACUACCAUCUACCUUCAAACGCUAUGCCAAGAAAGCAUAUACCUACAUUCCCGAUUACGUAAUGGACAGCUUCAUUCGAGGAAAGGACGACAACAGCGUCAAGCAGUUGUCCUUCACAGUGGCUGCCACAUCUGAAAGAACCCUGGAUCUGAUCUUCAAGACACCAACACGCAGCAUCUAUAAACUGGCUUUGCGUCUCCCCCUUGCUCUGCCCCUGGAUGAGAUGACAGGACUCACACCUUUUGAUGACCUGGCUGAUAAAGUCCGUUAUUUGGUCUCCAAGGCUGCCGCAGCUGAAUGUAGCUUGAGCGGGGACACAGUGAUCACCUUCAACGACAGGAGGUUCAAGAAUGAGAUGCCUCAAUAUUGCUACCAAGUUCUGGCUCAGGACUGCAGUGAGGAGAUGAAGUUCAUGGUCUUGCUGAGGAAGGAUGACACUGUGCGCAACCACAUUAACGUUAAAAUCGCUGACAUUGAUAUCGACUUGUACCUGAAGGACAGCAAUGUGGUCGUGAAGGUUAACGGAAGAGAGGUGCCCACUAGCAAUCUGCCGUAUCAGCACCCAACAGCUAAGAUUGAGAUCAGACCGAAUGAAGAUGGCAUCUCUGUCUACGCCCCAGGCCUGGGACUUCAGGAAGUCUUCUAUAACAAGGAGUCUUGGAAGAUUAGAGUUGUGGACUGGAUUAAGGGACAGACUUGUGGACUUUGUGGAAAGGCUGAUGGGGAGCAAAGACAGGAAUACCGCAAUUCCAACGGACGUGUGACAAAGAACCCAACCAGCUUUGCUCAUUCCUGGGUUCUGCCAGCCGAAAGCUGCCAGGACACCACACAGUGUCGCAUGAAGCUUAAGCCUGUGCAGCUGGACAAGCGUAUGAAUGUCCAGGGCCAGGAGACCAAAUGUUUCUCUGUUGAGCCUGUGCUGCGUUGUCUGGAUGGCUGCUCCCCGGUCAAGACCACGCCCGUCACCGUUGGCUUCCACUGUCAGCCAGCUGACCGCACCAUGAUCCCCCAGGACUUCUACAACUACAGCGUGGAUAGGAAGGAAACAACCCAAGCCCACCUUGCUUGCAGCUGCACUAAGUGCGCAUAAAGAUCUUUAGUCUCACUUCGUCUCGAAGUUCUGAAUGUAAUAUUAAAUAAACUGCAUCUCAAAACGA